AUACCAGAAUCUCAUCAAACCUCUGUCUUUAAAAGAGUUCCAACUUGUCUGCAAGUUUUUGUAUCAUCACACACAUUGUUUUUAGCCUGGUCGUCCACAUUUCGUUAGAUUUAGAUGGGUUCCAUUAAGUUUUUGCUUAACGUAAGGAACCUAUAUUCCAAGUCAUAUUAUAAUCACCAGUAUAAAAUUUACCCCUAACAAGUAACAACAGCAUAAUAAAAUAAUGGUUUUGAUUCUUUUUCAUUUAAAGACAUCGUGAAUACUUCCAAGAGAAUAAUAUAUAUUUUAAACAAACGGCUUAUAUGGCCAAAUACAAGGCACUGUUUUUUUUUUACUUUCUCUGUAUUGUCUUUGAAUAACUUGAAGUAGCAUCUGGCAAUGGAAAGCAAGAGUGGAGAAGGAAAGGUUGUGUGUGUAACAGGGGCAUCUGGUUUCAUAGCUUCAUGGCUGGUGAAGUUGUUGCUACAGCGUGGCUACAUUGUCAAUGCUACUGUUCGCAACCUCAAGGAUACAAGUAAAGUGGCUCACCUGCUGGGCCUUGAUGGAGCUAAUGAGAGGCUGCAUCUAUUCAAAGCUGAGUUACUUGAAGAGCAAUCAUUUGAUGCUGCCAUUGAUGGUUGUGAAGGUGUCUUUCAUACAGCCUCACCUGUUUCUCUCACAGCAAAAUCCAAGGAGGAACUUGUGGACCCUGCUGUGAAAGGGACGUUAAAUGUCCUUCAUUCAUGUGCCAAAUCACCAUCUGUCAGAAGAGUGGUGGUAACUGCUUCUACCUCUUCUGUUAUAUUCAAUAAGAAUAUGUCCACCCCUGGAGCUGUGGCUGAUGAAACUUGGUAUUCAGAUCCAGAAUUCUGCGAGGAAAGAAAGCAAUGGUAUCAACUCUCCAAAACCCUGGCUGAGGAAGCUGCUUGGAAAUUCGCAAAAGAGAAUGGGAUUGACUUGGUUACGCUUCAUCCAGGUCUAGUCAUUGGUCCACUUCUGCAACCUACACUCAAUUUCUCUUGCGAGGCUGUAGUGAACUUCAUAACACAAGGAAAAGAAGCAUGGUCUGGUGGAAUAUAUAGAUUUGUCGAUGUUAGGGAUGUUGCUAAUGCACAUAUUCUAGCAUUUGAGGUUCCUUCAGCAAACGGAAGAUAUUGUUUAGUUGCUGUAAAUGGAUACUCGUCUUUGGUUUUGAAGAUUGUACAAAAGCUUUACCCUUCCAUCACUCUCCCUGAGAAUUAUGAAGAUGGAUUGCCUCUUACGCCACACUUCCAAGUAUCGAGUGAAAGAGCAAAACGUUUAGGAGUCAAAUUCACAUCUCUUGAGUUGAGCGUGAAGGAUACUGUCGAAAGCUUGAUGGAGAAGAACUUCCUCCAUAUCUAAACAAUCAGUUGGUGAAAUAUUUGCUGCUCUUGGAGUUUCCACACAUUUGUUAUAUGAGUUUAAGUUAAAUGCACCGUCAGUG